AUGAAGGCUGCCUUCGCUAGGAGUGCUGCCUUCGCAAGGAGUGCUGCCUUCGCAAGGAGUGCUGCCUUCGCAAGGAGUGCUGCCUUCGCAAGGAGUGCUGCCUUCGCAAGGAGUGCUGCCUUCGCAAGGAGUGCUGCCUUCGCAAGGAGUGCUGGCUUCCCAAGGAGUGCUGCCUUGGGACAGAGUGCUGCCUUCGCUAGGAGUGUUGCCUUCGUACAGAGUGCAGUCUUCGCAAGGAGUGCUGCCUUCGCAAGGUGUGCUGCCUUUGCAAGGAGUACUGCCUUCACAAAAAGUGCUGCCUUCGCAAGGAGUGCUGCCUUCGCUAGCAGUGUUGCCUUCGCAAGGAGUGCUGCGUUCAGAAGGAGUGGUGCCUCCGCAAGGAGUGCUGCCUUCGCAAGGAGUGCUGCCUUCGCAAUGAGGGCUGCCUUUGCAGGGAGUGCUGCCUUCACAAGGGGUGGUGCGUUCGCAAGGAGUGCUGUCUUCGCAAAGAGUGCUGCCUUCGCAAGGAGUGCUGCCUUCGCAAGGAGUGCUGCCUUCGCAAUGAGGGCUGCCUUUGCUGGGAGUGCUGCCUUCGCAAUGGGUGGUGCCUUCCCAAGGAGUGCUGCCUUUGCAAGGAGUGCUGCCUUCGCAAGGAGAUAUGCCUUCGCAAGGAGUGCUGCCUUCGCUAGGAGUGCUGCCCUUCUAAGGAGACCUGCCUUCGCAAGGAGUGCUGCCUUCGCUAGGAGCGCUGCUUUCGCAAGGAGGGCUGCCUUCGCAGUGAGUGCUGCCUUUGCAGGGAGUGCUGCCUUUGCAGGGAGUGCUGCCUUCGCAAGGAGUGGUGCCUUCGCAAGGAGUGCUGCCUUCGCAGGGAGUGCUGCAUCCGCAAGGAGUGCUGCCUUCGUAAGGUGUGCUGCCUUCGCAAGGAGUGCUGCUUUUGCAAGGAGCGCUGCCAUCUCAAGGAGUGCUGCCUUCGCUAGGAGUGCUGCCUUCGCAAGGCGGGCUGGCUUCGCAAAGAGGGAGUACUGCCUUUGCAACGAGUGCUGCCUUCCAAUGAGUGCUGCCUUUGCAAGGAGUGCUUCCUUCGCAAGGAGUGCUGCCUUCGCAAUGAGGGCUGCCUUUGCAGGGAGUGCUGCCUUCACAAGGGGUGGUGCGUUCGCAAGGAGUGCUGCCUUCGCAAAGAGUGCUGCCUUCGCAAGGAGUGCUGCCUUCGCAAGGAGUGCUGCCUUCGCAAGGAGUGCUGCCUUCGCAAGGAGUGCUGCCUUCGCAAGGAGUGCUGCCUUCGCAAGGAGUGCUGCCUUCGCAGGGAGUGCUUCCUUCGCAAGGGGUAAUGCCUUCGCAAGUAGUGCUGUCUUCUCAGGGAGCACUGCCUUUGCAACGAGUGCUGCCUUCCAAUGA